AAGUAACCCAGUGGGGUCUGUUAGGGUUUUGAGUGAGUGAAGCCGAAGCUGUCGAAAGUUUAGCGUAGCCUCCAUACGCUUCACAGUUUCAAGCUUCAGCAUCUCUCAAUCAUGGCCGAGCAGACGGAGAAGGCAUUUUUGAAGCAACCCAAAGUGUUUUUAUGCUCGAAGAAAUCAGGCAAGGGAAAGAGACCUGGAAAAGGCGGGAACCGCUUCUGGAAGAGUGUUGGUUUGGGCUUCAAGACCCCAAGGGAAGCCACCGAAGGAACUUACAUUGACAAGAAAUGCCCAUUCACUGGUACUGUUUCUAUCAGAGGACGUAUCUUAGCAGGUACCUGCCAUAGUGCCAAGAUGGUGAGGACUAUUGUUGCUCGACGGAAUUACCUUCAUUUUGUGAAGAAAUAUCAAAGGUAUGAAAAGAGGCAUUCAAACAUUCCUGCACAUAUAUCACCAUGUUUCCGUGUGAAGGAAGGAGAUCAUGUCAUUAUUGGCCAAUGCAGGCCAGUGUCCAAGACAGUGAGGUUCAAUGUGUUGAAAGUGAUUCCAGCUGGAUCUUCUGGUGGUGGCAAGAAGGCUUUCACUGGAAUGUGAAGUUUUUCUUGAUUUGUAUUAGGUUGGUGUUGAAACCAUUGUGAGUUAAAAUGUGAUCUGAUUAUGGAAGAGAAGACCCCUAAAAGUUUUGAAGCACUCCAGAUUUGCUGAUUGAUAGAACGAUAGAUGCCUUUUUCUUUGUCAUUUUAUAUUAUUUUGGAAUCUUGAAUUUUGAAGAUUAGUACACAAUUUGUUACUUGAAUUUGGAAUUUUGUGGGUUAAUUUAUAGGUUUCUUUCUUUUGAAUUUUA